UUUGCUAAUUUGAUUUGUGUAUGUGUUUCAACCAUUCAACUUCAUCAUGAUUAUCAAUUUUUUGUGAUUUUACUUUUACUGUAAAACUUUUUUAAAUCUUGAAAAUGAUGGAAUCAAGAAAUUCAUUGGAUCUUGAAGAGAUUGUAUCGAUUGAAUUGGAUUCAACAACGAAUAAUGUGAUGACCAACAACAAUGAUAAUGAUAAUAAUGAUGAUCAUCAACAACAACAAAAUUCAACAACAACAAAUUCGAAUCAAAAUAUUCAACAAAUAUUUUCCGAACGUAUACGAAUGGCAGCAAAAUCUAUACAAACCGGUGAUUAUACAGCGGCUAUACGUUUAUAUAGCGAGGCAUUGAAAUUGGAUCAUUCCAAUCAUAUUGUUUAUGGUAAUCGUUCGGCUGUUUAUUGUCGUUUGGGACGUUAUGAUAAAGCAUUACAUGAUGCAAAUAAAGCCCGUGAUCUAUGUCCAAAUUGGAGUAAAGCUUAUUAUCGUCAAGGUAUUGCAUUACAAUUUCUACAACGAUAUCCUGAUGCACUGGCUGCAUUUGCAUCAGGUUUAGCAAAAGAAUCUAAAUCUACUCAAUUAUUAUCGGCAUUUGUUGAAACAGCAAUGAAAUCACCAUUACGUGCUACCCUCGAACCAAUUUAUCGUCAACUUCAAGUAAUGAAUUUUGAUAAAUCUCCAUUUGUGAUAACAUCGGUAGUUGGUCAAGAAUUAUUAGCUGCAACACAUUUCGCAGCUGCUGUUACAGUAUUAGAAUCAGCAUUGCAAAUUGGUUCCUGUUCGCUAAAACUUCGUGGAUCAGUAUUUUCAGCAUUAAGUACUGCAUAUUGGUCAUUAAAUAAUCUUGAUCAAGCAAUUGAUUAUAUGCAACAAGAUUUACAAGUUGCACGAACAUUAGGUGAUAUUCUGGGUGAAUGUCGUGCACAUGCUAAUCUUGGUUCAGCAUAUUUUGCUAAAUGUAGUUAUCGUGAAGCAUUAUCAUCACAUCGUUAUCAAUUAGUAUUGGCUAUGAAACAUAAACACAAUGAUCAGGCAGCAUUAGCAUUAACAUCACUUGGUCAUGUUUAUUCAGCAAUUGGUGAUCUGAAAAAUGCCCUAUCAAGUCAUCAACAAUGUUUGCAAAUUAUACGACAAUUAGGUGGUGAUCCAUUAGCUGAAGCCAGAGAAAUCGGUAAUGUUGGUUCAGUACAUUUGGCUGCCGGUGAAUUCGAUAAAGCGAUUGAAUAUCAUUUGGAACAUGUAAAAUUAUCAAAAUUGUUGGGUAAUAAAUCGGAAGAAGCAAGAGCAUAUUCAAAUCUUGGUUCAGCGUAUCAUUAUCGUCGUCAAUAUGAACAAGCAAUACAAUUUCAUGAACAAGUAUUACGUAUAUCACAAGAAUUGGGUGAUCGAAUUAUUGAAUCAAAAGCAUAUGCUGGUUUGGGACAUGCAUCACGUUGUAUGAAAGAUUUCAUACAAGCAAAACGUUGGUAUGAACGACAAUUAGAUGCAGCAUUGAAUACAAAAGAUCGUUUGGCUGAAGCAAAAGCUUGUUCCAAUCUGGGAAUCGUUUAUCAAUUGUUGGGUGAUUUAGAUGGUUCACUUAAACUUCAUUGGUCACAUUUAAAUAUUUGUAAACAAUUGAAUGAUCAACAGGGUAUUGGACGUGCUUACGGUAAUAUUGGUAAUGUUUAUUCAACAAUGAAACAACCAGAUGAAGCAAUGAAAUAUUAUAAAAUGGAAUUAGAAAUUUCAAAAGAAUUACAAGAUCGUUCAGCUGAAGCAGCUGCUCAUGGAAGUCUGGCAUUAUGUUUCGAAUCAUUACAUCUGAUGGAUCAAGCAUUGAAACAUCUAAAUUUGCAUCUAAAUAUUGCACGUGAAAUUAAUGAUUUACAAAAUGAAUCACAAGCACUGUGUAAUCUUGGUAAUUUUUAUCAUUCUAAUCAAAAUUACGAGAAAGCAAUUUAUUAUUUUGAACAAUAUCUGCAAACAACAAUCGCUUUGAAUGAUAAAGAUGGUCAAACUAAUGCUAGCCAUUAUUUAGGUUUAGCUAACCUUGCAUCAAAACAAUAUCAAUCAGCUAUGAAAUAUUUUCAAUUAGAUUUGGAACAAUCAAAACAAUUACAAGAUCGUCAAAAUAUUUGUCGUGCUUAUUAUCAUCUUGGUUUAGUUUAUUCGGCAAUCGAUAAUUUUGAUUCAGCAUUAGAAUGUUAUCGAAAUUUUCUUUGUUUAACAUCACAGCAGCAAAAUGAUGAAAGAUUAAAAGUAAUGGGUUAUAUUGGUGAUAUAUUGAUCAAACAGGCAAAAUAUAUGGAAGCUAAGAAAAUUUUGGAAAAAAAACUUUCCAUAUCCAGAUCAAUGGGUGAAUGUUUGCAUGAAGCUAUGGCAUUACAAUCACUUGGUAAUUGUCAACGAAUCUCUGGUGAUUGGGAACAAGCUGUUGAAUUUUUUCAACAAGAAUUACAAAUUCGACAAUCAUCUAAUUUGGUGACUGAUGAUUCAUCGCUAGAAGUGGAUGAAGAAAUGAUUCGAUGUUUAAAUGAUUUAGGUGAAUGUUAUUUGAAAAUCGAAAAUUAUCGUUUAGCAUAUGAAUGUUUUUGUAAACAAUUGGAAAAAUGUGAACAAUUUUAUCAUUGCCGAAUUGAUUGUUUGAAUGAAACUUCUGGUUUUUUGAUCGAAUACGAUUCGAAUGGUUAUUAUGGUCGUCGACAACAACGGCAACAGCAACUACAACAAUUUGCUGAUAAUAAUAAUAAUGUUUUGCAGCAACAACAACUUAAAUCUUGUCAAAUGCUAGCACAAGCAUUCAAUAAUUUGGCCGUUACAAAAUUUCAAAUGAAUCAUUAUGAAGAAUCGAUUAGUUUUUAUGAACGUCAAUCAACAUUGAUAAGUGAAACGAUUGAACGAUUCGAUAAUCAUCAAACAUCAACAUCGAUAAUUUCCGAUGCGGCUGAUGAUCAUCGAAAUGUCAAUGGUCAAACAGAAAUGUCGUCCACAACCACUAUUAUCGAUAAUCUUAUUGUUAGCAAUACGAAUUGUUCGAGAUCGAUUGGUGAUUGUUAUUUUGCACAACGACGUUAUGAUGAUGCUAUCAAAUUUUAUCUAGAUUUUCUUUCGGCAAGUAAAUCCUUAUCGGAUCAAGAACAAAUUUAUUGUUUAUUGGGAAAAUGUUAUCAAUUGAUAAAUAAUCUGCAACAAUCACUGGUUUCAUAUGAAAAACGUUUAGUUAUUGCACAUGAAAUUGGUUGUAAUCAAACAAAAGCAUUAGCAUAUGGUGAACUUGGUCAUUUGCAUCGUUUAUUAGGAAAUUAUGAACAAUCAAUUAGUUGUUUUAAACAUGAACAAGAAUUGGGUAAAAUAACUAAUCUUAAUUCCAAUGGUCAAAAUGAUGAUGAUCAACAUCAAAAACAAAUUGGCCUUUUGAUCGAAGCUGAAGCAUUACAUGGACUUGGUCAAGUUGCACAAGAAAUGCAUGAUUAUGAACGUAGUCUUAAAUAUCAUUCAUCAGCAUUGACAAUAGCACAGGAAAUCGGUUCAUUAGAAAUGGAAUCACGUGCAUAUGGUGCUAUUGGCAAUGCAUAUAAUGCUCUUGGAAAUCCCGAAUCAGCCAUCAGAUAUCAGGAAAAAUAUCUAUCCGUUGCCAGGAUUAUUGGUGAUUUGAAUGCACAAGUUUCAGCACUAUCAUCUUUGGGUAAAAUAAAUUCAUCGAAUAGUAAUUAUCAUCAAGCACGAAGAUAUUUUCAACAAGCAUUAACGAUUGUUGAAAAUCGAAAUAAUCAAACACGUAUUGGUUAUCGUGAUGAAGAAGAAGCUAGAAUUUGUUAUGAACUUGGUAUGGUAUUAUGGGCAAUGAAUGAAUUACAAGUGGCUGAAACACAUUUACGACGUUCAGUUGAUUUGAUUGAAAAUCUACAGAAUCUUAAUUCAUCGGCAACACAAUUAAUGAUUGAACCGAUGAUGAUGACCACAGCGACCGGCGGCUACGGUAGCAAUACCAGUGAUGCAUCAUCCACAACAUCAUCAUCGAAUUAUGAUCGAAUUCGUUGGCAAAAUUUACCAAUAAUGCCAACAUCAAUGUCAACCAUUUCACAAUCACAUCAUCAUCAUCAACAUUAUCUUCAUUAUCAAGGUGCAUCAUAUGAAGCAUUGAUCAAGAUACUAAUUGCACUACAGCGGCCAACCGAAGCUCUGUUGAUAGCUGAACGUUCAAGAACACGAUCGUUUUCAAAAUCGAAAAAAAAUUCCGGAAUAUUUUCCAAUAUUACAACAAUCGAUCAGAUUGUUGAUAUGGCCAGAAGUCAACAUGCAGCCAUUCUUUAUUAUUCAAUGACGAUUGAUGGUAGUUAUAAUUCAUGGCUCAUAACACCAAAUCAAGUUGAUUUUGCAUCAUUAUUGAAAACAGAUCGUGAAAAAAUUUUACAAUUAAUCAACAGUGUACAGAAUUCAUUAUUCAAUCAAGAAUCAUUAUCGAUUGAUUAUCGAUCAUCGAUUGAUGAUUAUCCCGAUACAGCAACAUUUGAACGGUCAUCAUCGAUGCAUCAUUUGCGACGAAAUCAUCUAUUAAAUUCAUCAAAUUAUUCAUUGAGUUCAUUAUUUUCACUGGCAUCAUCAGUAACAUCAACAUCAACAGCAUCGACAACAAGAUUACAUCGUCAACAACAACAACAAAGAAAUCAUCGACGUUCAUCAAAUAUUAAUCUUUCACAACAACGAAAAUCAUUUGAUCAUAUUACUGGAUCAUGUCCAUCGAAUAUUGAUUCACAAGAUUCAUUAUCCACAACAUCAUUAACGAAUACAAAAAUGAAACGUUCAACUAGUUAUCGUUGGCAUUUGAAUCAUAAUUGGCCAGGAUUUUCAUCCGCUUCUACUGCAUUAUAUGAUAUUUUAAUUGGACCAUUUCAAAAUCAAUUGAACGAAAAUGAAUCAACCAUCAAUCAGCUUUUGCUGGUAUUAGAUGGUGAUCUUUUUCUUGUUCCAUGGAAUAUGCUUCGUAAUAAGGAUGAACAAUUUUUAAGUGAAAGAUAUUCACUGUUAGUCAUACCAUCAUUAAAUGUUCUACGUGGUGAUCAAAAUAAUACGAAAAACAAAUUUUCAAGAAAAAAAUCCGAUGAUUAUCAUUCAACAAUAACAUCAUUAGUUGUUGCUAAUCCAACAAUGCCCAAUAAAUUAACAGUGUCAAGAGCCAACGACGAUGAUGAUCAUAAUCAUCAUAAUAAUCAUCGACCACAACUGUAUUUUGAAAAUCCAGCAUCAAGUAAAGAAGCUGCAUUUGUUAGUGAAUUAUUAUCCACACGGCCAUUGAUUGGAACCGAAGCUAAUAAAGAAGCUGUAUUGGCACAAUUAUCCACUGCACAAUGUAUACAUUUUUCAUCAUAUAUUAUUGAUAAUACUGAUGGUGAUCCAUUAAAAAUGGCUACCGGUCUUGGUAUUGCUAUAUCACCAUCGGAUGUAUUGAUUGGUGAUAGUGCACAUCAGUUACAUGAUCAUGAAUAUUUGCUUACACCACAUGAUCUUAUUAGUAUUGGUCUUUCAGCAAAAUUGGUCGUUAUUUCUUGCCCGGCAAUAUCAUCACGAUCGACAAAUCAUGCAGCCGCUUUAAAUGCUGCAACAACAUAUAAUUCCUCACAAGUAUUGAAAACAAUAACAUCGGCAUUAUUACAGGCUGGUGCUUCCUGUGUUCUUCUUACAUUAUGGCCUGUAUCGUUGAAUGCAUUACAGGUUUUAUUUCGAAUAUUUUAUUGUUCACUUUUACAAGGAACACGUGUUUCGACAGCAUUAAAAGAAGCAGUCAGUACUAUUCAAAAUACAACACAUUUUUCACAUCCACGUAAUUGGGCUGGUUUCAUUUUGAUUGGUUCGGAUGUUCGACUUUCAUCACAAGUAGCAUUAAUGUCAUCAUCAUUAGCUACGUUGAUCAAAACACCGGAAAAAUCACGUGAUGCUAUGCGUGUCGUACUACAUUUGGUGGAAAAAUCAUUACAACGGAUUCAAUGUGGCCAGAAAAAUGCAAUGUACACAACAGUUCAAAGUAUUGAUAAUAAAGUUGGCAUCAAUACUAAAGGAUGGCGUGAAUUAUUGAUUGCUGUUGGAUUUCGUUUCGAACCAGCAUCAUCAACUAAUGGUGGUUUACCGGCUUGUGUAUUUUUUCCACAAUCCGAUCCAAAUGGUCGUCUACAACGUUGUUCAAAUGCAUUACAAGCAAUUCUAGCCCUUUCACCAGCAACAAUAGCUGCCGUAUCGAAAUUAAUUGCAAAUUCUUCUGAUUAUGUUGGCCAAAUUAUCGAUAAACUUGAACAUAUUAUUAAUUAUGGUGAUCAAUGUAAUGAUAUUGGUCAAUCAUCAUUACUUGGAUCAUAUUUAGAAACAUUAAAUCUUAAACUUUGGUCAAUACAAGGUUGUCAUGAACUUUAUGCAUCACUUGGUUUUGAUCUAAUGGAAGUCGGUACCGAUUCUGUAACAUUACGUGCCGGCAAAAAUGCCAAUUUUCGAACAAUUAUGUUUACAUUUAGAUCAUUACAGGCAUUAAUUGCUGAUACUGAAACUGAUGAUGCUCAACAACAACAACAAAACAAUAAUCAAGAUGAUCAUAAAGCCGAUACAGAAUCAAUGAUGAUUAAGAAAUCAGAAAAUGAUGAAAGGAAACAGAUUGAUUUAUUAAAAACAAAAUCAUUGGAUGUUGAUGAUAAUAAUAUUCAUACAAGACAAUCAAGCAAUUCAUCAACAAUCAAAUCAGCUAAUAGUUAUUAUCAAUGUUCAAAAAUGGCAACAUCAUCAUCAAUUAUUGCUGAAUCUUCACCCGGAUCAAGAGGAUUUUCAAUCGGUCGUAAUCCAUUGGAUGUUGAAUUGAUCGAAAUGAAAUUGAAAUCAAUGCCCACCAAUAUCAAUACAAGAACAAUGGUUGAAGAUUUACAAUCAACAACCAGUUCACAAUCAUCGAUUGCUACAUCCAAUACAGUAUUGAAUCGACAAUUAUCAUCAUAUACAUGAAAAGCUAGUCAAUUUUUUCAAUAUUUGGAAUCUCUGUUAUUAUUGUAAAUUUGUAUAUAAAAUCAAUUUAUCA